UGGUGAUGACGUCAUCAUCAAGCGCCCGCCUCGCAGACUGGAUCGCUGCACGCUGUAGUUUAUUAGCCGCUAGCAGCUCGUGGUGUUGUUAAUAAACAGCAGGGUUUGUGUUUGUUCAGAGAUGUCCGUCACCGACAUGUUCAGCCACAUCCAGGGCUUCCUGAGCGCCGACCAGGACGUCCGAGAGGAUAUUCGUAAGGUGGUUCAGAAUCUAGAGCAAACUGCCAGAGAGAUCCUAACAGUCCUUCAGAGUGUCCACCAAGCAUCUGGGUUCAAAGAAA